GCAAAUAUGUAUUCGAUGGAAUUGGGACUAGUUCACGUUGUUUAUUGUAAUUAACGUUUCACAUAAUUCGUACCAGAACGGCACAUUUACUAGAAUAAUAGGAUUCCUACGAUGCCUUUUGAGGAUCCUUCUACCACGCCUGAAACAACAAACACAGAAGCAACGCUUAAAAUUCCUUUCGAAUCUGUAAGACAUGCUGAAAUAGCCUAUCGCGUGCUAAAGGUGGAUGAAGAGCCAAGAAGAAACUUCGUGAAAAAAGAGAUUGUUUUGAAAGAAGCAACUUUAGAAGUUCAUUUUGUCGCUAACCAGGUCAAAAAUUUAAGGACAGCCAUCACUUCGUUCUUUGAGAACCUUCUGCUGUGCAGGGAAACGAUAAAUAACUUCGACUUGGAAAAUGCCAGAACACUCACCGGCUCCAACACCGCAUAG